UUUUUACUCUCCUUCUAUACUCUCUCUCUAAUCCAACGGCUAAUAUCCUUUUCCCAUGCCAAAUCUGAAUCUCCACCGUCCAAUCAGAUCCAUACACCUCCCAUCCCUUACAGCACACAAAAUAUCAUCAUCCUCAUCCCCCUCAGAUCUAAACCAAAACACAGACGCACUCUUUGCUGGCGCUCUCUCUCUCUAGGCAACCCGCAAUUUGGUGAGAGAGGAGUUUUUUCAAUUGCCCAUUUUGUUCCUUUGCCGGAGAUGGUGGAGGCACAGACAUGGACUACGAGGAGAAUGAGCAACCCAAGGCUGGAUGCCAACUCCACCACCGUGGCUACCACCACUGACCAAGUUCUUGACAUUCCGGCUACCCCACCUGGUGAUGUACGGAAUAAUGCUUACUCCCCCGUCGGAUCAUAUUUCUCUCCUAAUAUUUCAACGGCUAUGAUUAUUGCUUCAUGGUACUUCUCCAACAUUGGCGUUCUGCUCCUCAACAAGUACCUCCUUAGCUUCUAUGGCUACCGCUUCCCAAUAUUCCUAACAAUGCUGCACAUGAUUUCUUGCGCUUGUUAUAGCUAUGUGGCUAUAAAGUUUCUCGAAAUAGUGCCAUUGCAGCAUAUUUUAUCCAGGAGGCAGUUCUUAAAGAUCUUUGCUUUAAGUGCAAUUUUCUGUUUCUCUGUGGUUUGUGGUAAUACUUCCUUGAGGUACUUGCCGGUGUCGUUCAACCAAGCUAUCGGAGCAACGACCCCAUUUUUCACUGCCAUUUUUGCUUUCAUAAUAACCUGCAAGAAGGAAUCUGCAGAGGUUUAUGGUGCGCUUUUGCCUGUCGUUUUUGGAAUCGUUUUGGCUAGUAAUAGUGAGCCGCUGUUUCACUUAUUUGGGUUCUUGGUUUGUGUUGGUUCUACUGCUGGGCGUGCUUUGAAGUCCGUGGUUCAAGGGAUCUUAUUAACCUCAGAAGCUGAGAAGCUCCACUCUAUGAAUUUGUUGCUCUAUAUGGCACCAAUGGCUGCUUUGAUUUUGUUACCAUUUACCCUUUACAUAGAAGGGAAUGUUGCAGCAAUUACAAUGGAGAAAGCGAGACUGGAUCCCUUUAUUGCGUUCUUGUUAAUUGGGAAUGCGACGGUGGCUUAUUUGGUGAAUUUGACAAAUUUUUUGGUGACCAAGCACACAAGUGCUCUGACUUUGCAAGUGCUAGGCAAUGCCAAGGCUGCAGUCGCUGCUGUUGUUUCGGUCUUGAUCUUUAGGAAUCCGGUGACUGUGAUGGGUAUGACGGGAUUCGCAGUUACGAUCAUGGGGGUGGUGCUUUACAGCGAGGCAAAGAAGAGAUCCAAGGUUACAACCCAUUGAAGAUAUUAGAUGAUAAACCAAAAAAAAAAGAUUCAUUUUGAUUGCCACAAACACUGGUGCAGGUUCUUUCUUCUCCUUUUGCUUUAUUACUUUCGCUUUAAUGUUGAAGAAAGAAGAGAAUUUGGAUAAAAUUUGAUUGUACAGCACAGUGGAACAAAUGGGAAAGAGUUAUGCCCUUUUCCUCCUCUUCUUCUUAUCAUAAUUUUUUUUUUUGGCUUUGAAUUGUUACUGUUGGGAUGGUUAUAUAGAAAAUUUCUCUAUAACUUUCCCUGUGUGUAACCUUAUAUAUUGAAUUCGCUGCAACUGGAACACAAAACGAACUGAUGCAUAUAUUGAUUUUGAUUUGUUUUUAUUGGAGGGAGAACAAAGUUCUCUCUUUUUAUUUGUCAA